UCCAUCUGAAGUAAUUAAACCUUUUUAGGGUAGCAUAUAGUUUAAAGUUUGAGGAGAAGUCUGUGAAGACUGCCGCUGUCCCGUGAAUGACCGCGGCCAGAGCAAUAGCCACUAUGAACACACAACUCCUCCCUACGGGGGCUCUCCAGUUUUGUACUGCCCAUCAGUGAAAACGGCGACUUGAUAAAUGGUCAGUUAAACAUAGGAAGUCAAUGUUGAAGAUAUCUGGUCAUCAUAUUUGCUUUGUUGACAUUGCCGUACGGUGACAUUGCAUUGAUGAUGUGCCAUUCAAAAAGAACUCUUCCAAAAGGAGAUCGUGUCGAACUUCUCAUCUUUGUGGUGAUGACCGGAUUCCUCUUAGUCGGGCCUCAAGAAGCAACAGCAUUUCCUAUAUGGAACUUUGAGGAAGAAGUUCAUAGCUCUGGUGUUUUGAUUAUUGGGAUUCGCAAAGAUGCCCGUGCACAUGUCCUGCAUCUGAAUAGGAUCAAGAGAUACACCCUGACCCCCGAGAAGCUGAAAUGGGACAAGUUCAAGCUCACCUACAAAUUGAUAUCAUUCCCAAGGAAUUUGAUGAAUGCCAGUGACACACGGUGGGGCAUAGCCAAGGCCUUCAGGAUGUGGAGCGAUGUGUCACCCUUCACCUUCAGAGAGGUACCAUCUGUUGAAGAAGCUGAUAUCAAGAUUGGCUUCUACCCAGUGAACCACACAGACUGCAUCCAGUCAUACCUUCACCACUGCUUUGAUGGGAUCACUGGGGAACUGGCCCAUGCUUUUUUCCCCUCAACUGGGGAGAUCCAUUUUGAUGAUGAUGAGUACUGGAUCUUGGGGAACAUGCGAUUCAGUUGGAGAAGAGGGGUGUGGCUCACAGAUCUGGUCCAUGUGGCAGCUCAUGAGAUUGGACAUGCCCUUGGUCUCAUGCAUUCCCAGAAUCCUAAGGCCCUGAUGCACCUGAACGCUACACUGACAGGCAGGAAGACUAUUACACAGGAUGAGGUUUGGGGCCUCCACCGACUCUAUGGGUGUAUGGAUAGGCUGUUUAUAUGUGCUGCUUGGGCUCGGAAGGGCUACUGUGAAAGUAAAAGAAAACUCAUGCAGAAACAUUGCCCCUCAAGUUGUGAUUUUUGCUAUGAGUUUCCAAUCCCCACCCCUGCCCCCACUCCCCUCCCUGCCAGAACCAAACAGAAGCUUGUUGCGGAGGGAAAGACUCUCACCUUCCGCUGUGGAAAGAAAAUCGCAGCAAAAAGGGGCAAAGUGUUCUGGUAUAAGGACGGGGAGCUGCUGGAGUUCUCCCACCCUGGUUACAUCACCCUUCAGGAUGGCCAUAUCAGCAUAGUUGCUAACGCAAUCAACGAAGGCACAUACACAUGUAUCGUGCGGAAGAAGAACAAAGUACUAACCAACUAUUCAUGGAGAGUGCGUGUGCGCUUCUGAAGGGCACUUCAUUUGUUGCUUAUAGAAAACACCAAUCACAACUGGGAAUGUGUAUGAUUCACCAGACAUUUAUAAAUAAAUUAACAGAAAAAAGCCCAGGUUCCAGGGAGUCUUUUCAGUAGUUCAAUUGCAACUGAAUGAUGAAUGAAUAGAUAUAGUUUUUGUGUCCACUUUCUAUGAUUGUUUUGCUUCUCAACUUUACAGUAAUUCUUUGCCAUUAAUUUAUGAGGUCACAUUUAUAUGAGUUUAUGAUAUUUUGGAUCAAACCUGUAUUGACACAUACCUAUUCCAAAAAUACAGUGGGGCAAUUGGCUAUCUCAGCUGCGCUUUAAAACUGUACUACUUGAACCGGACAUUUUGAGUUUAAAAUGCUGCUGUGUGUUGAACAAGAUUGCUAUUUAAAACUAGCAUAGGUUCAGCUGAUUCGCCGCAAAACCAUCUGGAGACCAGAAGUAUGAGACCCAGACCAUAUAAUGUCCAAGAAUGCCACUUAAUGAAUGAAGUUGGAUCCUCAGAAAUAUCAAUAUAAUAGACACGUUUUUUUUCCAGAAAUAAAGAAUAUACCGUCAUCA